AUUAUAGUUUCUUUUGUUCAUAGAAGCUAAAGGUUGAAGGUGAUCAGGUAUAUAAGCCAUCGAUUUUCCACAAAUCUCAGCAUCACCUUCAAAUUCAGAAAAUUCAAGUUUUCCUUUCUGCCUGAUAUACAUCAGAUCUCUAGCUUCCUUUCUUUCAUCAAACAGCAAAUUUGAUGCUCCAUGUCUUGUCAUGGGAUGGCCUUUUUCCCGGAAAAUUUCAUGCUCCAAGUCCAACCUCCUCACGAUCACGAAGAUCAUCAACGCCCCACGAAUUCCAUCGAUCAACUUCUCCCUCAGGAAUUCCAUGGUGUUGCAUCGUUUCUGGGGAAGAGAUCGAUGCCGUUUCCAGGGAUAGAUGUGUGUGAAGAAGCAAACGGUGAGGAUGAUUUAUCAGAUGAGGGUUCACAGGCAGGAGAAAAGAAGAGGAGGCUUAACAUGGAGCAGGUGAAGACAUUAGAGAAGAACUUCGAGUUAGGCAACAAGCUCGAACCCGAGAGGAAAAUGCAGCUGGCUAGAGCUCUUGGACUGCAACCCAGACAGGUUGCUAUUUGGUUUCAGAACAGAAAAGCCAGAUGGAAAACCAAACAACUGGAGAAAGAUUAUAAUCUCCUUAAGAGACAGUACCAACUGGUCAAAGCCGAUAAUGAUGCACUUCGAGCUCACAACAAAAAACUCCAUGCAGAGAUAAUGACACUGAAGAGCAGAGACGGAGCAAGUGAAUGUGUCAACCUGAGUAAAGAAACCGAAGGCUGUAGCAGCAAUCGAAGCGACAACAGCUCUGAUCUGAAAUUGGAUAUGUCUGUAUCGGCACACGAGAGGCCGUUAACGACACUAGUGUUCCGAGCAGCGUCGUCGAAUUCGAGCCACGACGAUCAUCAUAAUCAGCCAACUCAAAUGGUUAAAGAAGAAAGCCUCAUCACCAACAUGUUCUGCACCAUGGAGGAUCACACCGGGUUUUGGCCAUGGCUCGACCAACAACAACAACAUCAUUUCAAUUGAAGUUUGUUUUUAGAAAUCAAGAGCUGGGUAAGUAAAUUGCAGUGCAGAUUGGUUUGCAGCAGCUCUAGCAAGGGCCAUGAAAGAAUAUAGAAAGGUGAUUCUCUUUAGCUACAGGUUUUUUAAUUAUUGUUUCUUUUUCUUCUUCUUCUACUUCUUGCUUUGAAAUCAUCUGUUUUUGUACUGUGGAGUGCAUUGAAGAGAGUCCCUUGUAAUGAUAAUUUUCCUUUUUUUCC